AACGGCGUGCGUUAUUCAACUCAACGCAAGUAAGAAACUAAAAUGUUUCUAACAUGCAUUAAACAAACUGCCUAGCUAGACAGUUAGCCCUAGAUCACGACUCUCAGUUCCAUUACUAGGACACAAGUCAUUUGACGAAGGCGUCUUCUGUAUGGGUUGAUUACAGACUUACAGAAACAGACAGUGGAAGGUCACCAUGGAUCUCGGUGAGUUUGAGGCGGACAACUCGGUGAGCUGUCGCCUGGCUUCAGCAAUACCCGACGCCUGCAAGACAGAAGACUGCUGUUUGGGUAUCGAUGAAGCCGGCAGGGGCCCUGUACUGGGACCCAUGGUCUACGGAAUAUGUUUCUGUCCCAUCGCCAAAAAGGAAGCUCUGAAGAACUUAAAAGUGGCAGACUCGAAGACAUUGACAGAGGCACAGAGAGAGGAUUUAUUCCGCAAGCUGGACGAGGCCAAGAGCUUUGUAGGCUGGGCUCUUCAGAUUCUCUCACCCAACACUAUCUCUACCAGCAUGCUGCAGAGGUCAAAAUACAACCUGAAUGCUCUCUCUCAUGACGCAGCCAUUGGCCUGGUACAGUUCGCCCUGGACAGUGGAGUACAGCUCAAAGAGGUGUUUGUGGACACGGUGGGUCCUGCAGAGAAGUACCAGGAGAAGCUGUCCCAGCGGUUCCCCGGGGUGGAAGUGACCGUACGACCCAAAGCUGACUCCCUCUUCCCCAUAGUCAGUGCUGCCAGUAUCUGUGCCAAGGUGGCCAGGGACCAUUCAGUAAAAGACUGGAACUUUUCAGAAGACCUAGGAGAGGUGGAUGCAGACUACGGCUCCGGCUACCCCAACGACCCGAAGACGAAGGCGUGGCUGUUGAAAGAGCUUGACCCGGUGUUUGGCUACCCUCAGUUUGUCAGGUUCAGCUGGAGCACCACACAGACCCUGCUGGACAGCAAGGCUUUCACCGUACACUGGGAUGAUGAUGAGGAGGAUGGGGAGAAGGCUGCAGCCCGUCAGAACAACACCUCCAUGCUCUCCUACUUCAAGGCAGGUUCCAAGACCUCCGCCCAGCAGAGCAACACACACCAGACACACCGCUUCUUCACAGAGAGGAGACUGCAGAGCCUGGCCACACUCUGAGACAAGGAGAGGAAUACACACACCCACUGAGACAUGGUGCAUGGUCAUGGUCCUCCUCGGGAGGCAGGGUUUUCUGUGGGGGUUUUUCCUCCAAUUUAUUAUUUGGCUACAAAUACGAGUAUAGGACGAGUCAACAACAUUAUUUGUGUAUGAGUUAACAGAAUAUUAACUUUCAAAAAAGUGACAUUUUCACUGGAUAGUUACUUAAAGAUAUGUAGAGGAGCACACACAUACUUCACUGCAGAAUACAAACGUUUUUUAUGGCUGUGCGUAUGACCACAAACCUUUCUAUAGAUGGUUUGCUGUGAAGACCACUGAUUGAAGGAUCUAUUGAAAAGGACUUGGAGCCCAACUUCAUGAACUUUGUUGUCAUUUGAAUAAUACGUUAAAAUGAAAUAAAUGUAAAAAAUAUUGUUCCUAAA